AUGGCGGAUAUUAAUGUAGAAGAGGUUCUGAAAAAGCUCUCAGACGGCGAGAAAUGUGACCUACUGUCGGGCAUCGACUUUUGGCACACAAAGGGCCUCCCUCAGCAUGGCAUCCCGUCGCUGCGACUCUCUGAUGGACCCAACGGAGUGAGAGGCACCAAGUUUUUCAAUGGCACCAAAGCCGCCUGCUUCCCUUGUGGCACCGGCUUAGGCGCAACCUUUAAUUUACCCCUCCUUCACGAGGCAGGCAUCAAGAUGGGCGAUGAGGCCAAGUCUAAGGGCGCCCACGUGAUCUUGGGUCCGACAAUCAACAUGCAGCGCUCCCCCUUGGGUGGUCGCGGGUUUGAAUCGCUGGGCGAGGACCCCGUGCUGGCUGGUCUGGGCGCGGCGGCCCUGGUCCGCGGCAUCCAGAGCACAGGCGUGCAGGCCACCAUCAAACACUUUGUGUGCAACGACCAGGAGCACAAGCGCAACGGGACGAACGCCAUCGUGACGGAGCGGGCGCUGCGGGAGAUAUAUGCGCGGCCAUUCCAGAUCGUGGUGCGGGAUGGGCACCCGGGAAGCUUCAUGACGGCGUACAAUGGGGUGAAUGGCGAGUGGUGUAGCCAGAACGAGAAGCUCCUCGGCGACCUGCUGCGGCGCGAGUGGGGCUGGAAGGGCCUGGUCAUGAGCGACUGGUUCGGCACGUACAGCACGGUCGAGGCGGUCAAGGCGGGCUUGGACCUGGAGAUGCCUGGUCCGCCCAGGUUCAGGGGUGAGCCGCUCAAGUUCUCGGUGGAGACGGAGAAGGUCAGGGAGCAUGAGCUCGACGAGAGGGCCAGGACGAUGCUGGAGUUUGUCAAGACGUGCGCGGCAUCUGGAGUCAAGGAAGGCCAAGAGGAGAGGGCCGAGGAUACGCCCGAAACGGCGGCACUGCUGAGGAAGAUUGGCUCUGAGUCAAUUGUGCUGUUGAAGAACGAGGGUGGUCUCUUGCCGCUGAAGAAGGACAAGAAGACCGUUGUCAUCGGUCCCAACGCAAAGAUCGCGACCUAUCACGGCGGUGGCUCGGCCUCCCUCGCCGCCUUCUACGCAGUGACUCCCUUUGACGGCAUCUCGGCCAAGCUGUCCACUACCCCAGGCUACACCAUCGGCCAGUACUCGCAUAAGAUGCUGCCUCUUCUCGGCCUCUCGGUACGGUCCCUCUCCGGCAGGCCAGGCAUGACCAUGACGGCAUACAACGAGCACCCACUCGAGAAGCCCGACCGCAGGCCUGUCGAUGAGGUCGAAAUCGACAAGACUGAGCUGCUGCUGGUUGACUACUACAACCCAAAAAUCACCUCACCGAAAUGGUACGCUGACUUCGAGGGCUCCUUUGUUGCCGAUGAGGAUUGCACGUGGGAGCUCUCGCUCGUGGUGGUCGGCACUGCCAAGCUUUUCUGCAACGGCGAGCUCAUAGUGGACAACGACACCCAGCAGACGGCCGGCGACACCUUUUUCAACCAGGGCACAGUGGAGGAGAAAGGCAGGCUGAACGUGCGAAAGGGCCAGACAUACAGCUUCAAGGUACAGUUCGGGUCCGCGGCGACCUCCAAGCUCCGCGGUGGGCAGGUCCUCUUCGGCUCGGGGGCGCUACGCAUCGGUGGGUGCAAGGUGAUCGACCCAGCGGCCGAGAUCAGGCGCGCCGCCGAUCUGGCCAGGGAUGCCGACCAGGUCAUCAUCUGUGCUGGCCUCAACGCCGACUGGGAGACGGAGGGCUCAGACCGCGCAGGCAUGGACCUCCCGCCCGGAAUCGACGAGCUAAUCGAAGCCGUCGCUGAGGCGACCAGCGGGAAGCUGGUCGUCGUCAACCAGUCCGGUACGCCCGUUACUAUGCCAUGGGCGUCCAAGGUCAAUGCCGUCGUCCAGGCCUGGUACGGCGGUAACGAGACCGGCAACGCCAUCGCCGACGUCCUGUUUGGCGACUUCAACCCCAGCGGGAAGCUGAGCCUCAGCUGGCCCGAAAAGGUCCAGGACAACCCUGCGUUCCUCAACUUCAGGACUGAGGGCGGCAGGACCAUCUACGGCGAGGACAUCUACAUCGGCUACCGGUACUACGAGUUCGCGCAGAGGGCUGUGCUAUUUCCCUUUGGCCACGGGCUCAGCUACACGACCUUUGCCUUCAGCGGUCUGCAGGUGGCGACGUCUGAGAAGGGCAAGCUCUCGGUGAGCGUCCAGGUCAAGAACACGGGCGAGACCAAGGGGGCUGAGGUGGUCCAGGUCUACGUCGCGCCCAAACAAAAGGCCAAGGUAAAUAGGCCGCCCAAGGAGAUGCAGGGCUUCGCCAAGAUCGAGGUGGGGCCUGGAGAGACGAAGGAGGCCAAGGUCGAGAUGGAGACCAAGUAUGCUGCUAGCUACUUCGACGAGGAGAGGAACAAGUGGUGCGUGGAGGAGGGCGAGUACGAGGUGAUUGUGAGCAAUAGCAGCGAGGUCAAGGAGGGCAAGGCUGUCAGAGGGACAUUUAAGGUGCCCAAGACCUUCUGGUGGAGCGGUAUUUAG